UGAACAGGAAGACGUAGGAGACUGUGUAUUCUUCUAACAAAUAAUGUGUUUCAGUGGGUAUGUAACUCCUGUUCUGAGCUUCUCUUGACCUUGGAACUAUUGUAAGACCUCCCUGAGGAUUAAUAAGACUGAAGAGAAGAAUCAGCCAUGGCAUACUUUGGGAGGGUGCCUUUCUCAUACAAUGAAUUUAAUGAAGGACAGUCUGGGAACCAAGCAUCUUACCCAGCGUACCGUUCUGGUUCUGCUGGAGAGGUCAGUCUAGGAUUUGAUCGAAUAGUUGAUGAAAUCAGCAAUGAAUGUUUUUUUUAUGGUUCGUCACAUUCACAUCAUCAUGAAGAAAUUUUUUUCCCAUCAGACGUCUUUGGUCUGAAUGUGCCUUACCAGCAGUUUUGUGGUCAGCCUCUAGUUGCUUAUGGUGAACUUUACCCUAGAAAUCCUGUCUCUCACUGGCAACAAGGCACAGUGUCACCAACAGUUGGCUUCAGGUCUUCUUUACUGUCUGAUUACAAAAACUUCUCCCUGGUGGAUCCCUACCCCUACAGUCAAGAGAGAGAAUUCUAUGGAACGAACAGUUUAAGACCAGUCACAAAUGUGUUUGAUUCAAAUGUGGAAAGAGGCAACACGAAUGUGAGUUUUCAGAUAGGCUUUGACAACGUAGGUGCUCGAAGUCCCAUUUUCUUAGACAACUAUCCAUUUGGACAAGAAGUGAAAGAUGAAAGUGGAAAUGGAGAAGUUUGUUUAACCAACGCUUCCAGAAGAUGUCACAUAGGACGUACCUGGCCCAGCAGCUCUGGACAUGACAGAGAGGCUACAGGUUGGUCUAUCCAGCUGGUUGAAGCAGAUCAUGGAAGUAAUGAAAACACAGUUGCUUUUUGCAAUGCAGUGAAGAAAAUAAGGAAUGCCAAUCCUGCUUUUGACUUGAAGACAAACACUGGAAAAAUCUGGAGUGUCGCAACAAAGUUCCCCAACCAUAUCCUUGGUGAAUCAAAAUUCAAAAUCAGCAUUUGGACAGAUUCUUCACCACAUGCUCUGCUGCUUACACCACAUGCUGGUUGUAUCACUCGUGACUUAAUUGUGGAGAUCCUCCAUUGCACAAAUCGAUACCCAGUCCAGGAGGAAUGCCUUCUAAGUGUUUGCGGGUUUGAUGAAUUUCUACAAAAUAAUCACACUUUGGGCAGCCAUGAAAGCCUUCGCAAGGCAACCACCUGCAUUCAGCUUCGACUACACAACACUAGUAAUUUGAAGCAAAGUUUGGCUCGAACGCAUGAGGAUGACCAAAGACAGUUCGAUGUGAAUCAGCUGUUAGAAGACACCUGUGCCUGGAGACUGACUCGACAGAACCUUCUAUCAGUUGUUAUGAAAUAUAACAGUCAAGUGGAACGUCUAUUGCAAGAUGAGCAUAUUUUACAGAAAGAGAUACAUUCCUCAAGACACCCAACUGUCUUUGUGGAACAGCACAUAUAUCAUAAAGUUGAUAAUGUGAUUGAAGUAGCUAGAGCCAUCUGCAGUGUCCUCUGUUUUGUGGAAACCAGAGACAUUACUGAUGCAGUCAAGAAACUCUGUGCAGUGCCAUUGGUGAAAGUACAGCAGCCACAGAAAGUCCUAGGAGAUCAAGUCCUGCCAGAACAGGCACUAAUCCACUAUAUAUUAAAUGGGCUACACUAUGUUGAAAUCAAUUCACUUCAAAGUGUGGAAAAAGCAGAAAAAGCAUUAAUAGAGGCUGCAUUGACUGAGCUCUCCAUGGCCAUCUCUUGUCUUAUCCAUGUUUACAGCAGCAGCUUUGAUGCAAAUUUCCAGCUUGCCAGCAUACCUAAAAGCCUUUCAUGUACAGACAUCAGCCUAGAUUCCCAGCUCAGCUUCACUGUAUAUGCUGCCCAUAACAUCCCAGAAGCCUGGGUGAACAGCUACAAAGUUUUCUCUUUUUCCUGUUCACUAACUUACGCUGGAAAGACAAUAUGUCAAGUGAAGAUACGCAAAAAUAUGCCAGUUAAAAGAUCUUUCUUUUUCCUGAUUGGCUGGAACGAGAAAAUCAACUUUCCUCUACGCAUAAAGGCUCUUCCAAAGGAAACUAUGCUGACAAUAAAACUACUUGGAGUUAACAGUGCGUCUAAAAAUACGGAAGUGCUUGCUUGGACGUGCUCCCCAUUGUAUCCAAAAGAGCGGCUCAUUCAUGGAACUGUGCUACUUAGCAUGACAUUGUACAGCACACUUACAACAACGAUGAUUACCCCAGGCAUCUGCAAUACUGAUACACCAACCUCAGUAACACUGCAGAUUGACUUUCCAGAAACUAAUUUGGAGUUCGUUAAACCUGAACCUGAAGAAAGAAGAGGUGAUCUUGAAGAGCCAACUGAAGACUGUCUGAAGCAUAUUGUGAGACUUUCGCAGAGAAGCUCUGUCUUGCUUCUCUCAGAGCAACAGAAAAGAAUCUUAUGGUUUUAUCGUUACUACUGCAAUAAUCUAAAUUGCUCCCUUCCUCUGGUACUGGGCAGCGCACCCAGUUGGGAUCGAAUGACUGUAUCAGAAAUGUAUGCUGUGUUGAGAAGGUGGAGAUUUUCUAACCCUCUGGAGGCACUUGGGCUUCUGACCUUCAGUUUUCCAGAUAAAGAUAUUCGCAGAACAGCAGUCCAACAAAUAGAAAAUCUGUCAAAUGAUGAAUUGUUAGAAUACCUCCCACAGCUGGUUCAGGUGCUCAAGUUUGAGUGGAGUCUUGAAAGCCCUCUAGUGAAACUCCUGCUGAAUCGUUCUCUUCAGAGCAUUCAAGUGGCCCAUCAGCUUUACUGGCUGUUGAAGAAUGCACAAAAUGAAGUUCAUUUCAAAAUCUGGUAUUGGAAACUACUGGCUGCUCUCAAAUUCUGUGCUGGAAAAACCCUGAACAAUGAGUUUUCUAAAGAGGAGAAGCUUACCAGAAUUCUGGAAGACAUUGCCAAAAAAGUAAAAGCUGCCAGUGAUGCAAAAAGAAAGGAGGUGUUAAAGGUGGAACUCAACAGACUUCAGCGGUUCUUCCAGGAGAUAAAGGUUUGUCGGCUUCCCCUGAAUCCUGCGCUUGUUGUCCAAGGCAUAAAGGCAGACUCAUGUUCAUAUUUUACGUCCAAUGCUUUUCCAUUAAAAAUCUCCUUCAUCAAUGCAAAUGCUCCAAGUGGAAACAUCAAUGUUAUUUUUAAGAUAGGCGAUGAUCUACGUCAAGAUAUGCUGGUUCUGCAAAUUAUUCGAGUAAUGGACGGCAUUUGGCUCCAAGAGGGACUGGAUAUGCAAAUGAUCAUUUAUAGGUGUUUAUCUACAGGAAAAGGCCAAGGGUUGGUACAGAUGGUGCCAGAUGCUACCACACUAGCGAAGAUCCACAGGGAGUCUGGACUGAUAGGACCAUUGAAAGAAAACACAAUUAAAAAAUGGUUCCGCCAUCACCAUCCUCUGGAAUCAAGUUACCAAGAGGCAAUGAGGAAUUUCUUUUAUUCCUGUGCUGGCUGGUGUGUUGUUACCUUCAUUCUGGGAGUCUGUGAUCGACACAAUGACAACAUAAUGCUGACAAAUGCCGGACGCAUGUUCCACGUAGAUUUUGGAAGAUUUUUAGGUCACGCACAGACAUUUGGAAGCAUAAAAAGGGACCGAGCUCCCUUCAUCUUCACAUCAGAGAUGGAGUAUUUCAUCACAGAAGGUGGAAAAAACCCACACCGUUUUCAAGAGUUUGUGGAGCUUUGUUGUCGAGCUUAUAAUAUAGUCAGGAAACAUAGCCAGUUACUCUUGAACCUGUUGGAGAUGAUGCUGCAUGCAGGACUGCCCGAGCUAAACAGCAUUCAGGAUCUGAAGUACGUGUAUGAUAACCUCCGUCCUCAGGACUCAGACCUCCAGGCAACAAGUUACUUUACAAGGAAAAUAAAGGAAAGUUUGCAGUGCUUUCCUGUUAAACUCAAUAACUUAAUCCACACGCUUGUACAGAUGUCAGUGACAGGCUCUGCAAAGCCUCCAGCUCCAGAGACUGUACCCCAAGAGUGGAUGAUGUUGAAUGCAGAGAAGUCAAUCGCAAGAGCCACCAUUUUGGGGUUCAACAAAAAGUCUGACCCUCUAUAUCUAGUCCAGGUGGUACAGACCUGCAAUGUGGUCACUUUUGUGGAAAAGUCAUUUGACCAGUUCUCCAAACUUCACAGCCACCUCCAGAAGCAAUUUCCAUCGUAUGCCCUCCCAGAGUUUCCCUACUCGUGGGAUUUACCUUUUACAGAUCUUGAACAUAGAAGAAUGCAGGAUUUGAAUCUCUAUCUGAAGCAGCUAUUAAGUGGAUCCAGGAAACUGGCUAAUAAUGAGCUUGUACUUGGCUUCUUCCUGAAUUGGUCCAAAAACACAUUGGCAGAAGAUUCAUCAUCUGUCACCUUAGGUCCUCAGUCAACUGAUCAUAAGCCUGGAGCACAAUUAGUCAUAUCCUAUGAGAGCACCCGUCUGACGAUAAUGUUAAAACACAUGAGGAAUAUUCGCCUCCCAGAUGGCUCUGCCCCAAGUGCACAUGCUGAAUUUUAUCUUCUGCCGGAUCCUUAUGAGGUCAGUCAAAGGAAAACAAGAACAGCUCCAAAAACUUCUGACCCUACUUACAAUGAAAUCGUUGUGUAUGACAAAGUCACAGAGCUCCAAGGCCAUAUACUGAAGCUUGUUGUGAAAAGCAAAGGAACAUUUGUGGGAGCUGUUAACAUUCAACUGAGCAGUGUCCAGUUAAAUGAAGAAAAGUGGUAUCCGCUGGGAAACAGUGUAAUUUAAAUGUCGUCUGAGAUAAUUCAAUUAUUUAUCCACUAAUGUUUCUUUAUCCCAUUUCCCACAGUACAUUUUGUCUCAGUUGCCCUUGAGAAUAUGCAGUCAUCUGCUGAUCACAUACCUUAACAUUUCUAAUCAUAAGGCUAUUAUCUUAAAAUUGCUACCAUCUUCCUGCAACAGAUUCCUGUCAGUGUGAGUUUAACAAAUCACAUGCUAGGAACCUGUAGCAGCAUGCAGUAAAUUCUUAUGACAGCAAUAAAGAUUUUUAGUUUGUUUGUAUUAAAUAGUACUGUAAAAAUAUUAACAUCUGUACACAUUGAAGUGUGAGGCCUAACUCUUUGCCCAUUAAUUCCACUGACACUGUUGAAACAAUGCUGAUAAUGGUGUAAUUUGUCAGCAUCCUCUAUGACCCCACUGUAUGUGAUGAUUUCACCAGAGAACCAUGGGAUGGUUCCCUGGGUGCCAAUACAUUUCAAAUGUCUAGGAAAUUUUACAUUACAUCUUAUACAAUCAAUACUUUUUUUUUUUUUCCCUUUUUAAAAAGAACUUAAAAGCUUUGCAUGUUACACAUUUUGGGCAGUAUAUGUUGUGUGCUUUUAACUUUUGAUGCAAUGUACUGUUCAAUUCAGGAUAUUAAUUUGUCGAUACGAUAUGUCAUUAUUUCUUUUAUUCUGACAUCCAAGAAGCAGAUAUAACUGGUUAUUUGUGGGAAGAAAGGAGAAGGCGGAAGCUAAUAUCACAAAUAAAACAUAGUGAAUGUGA